UAAAACAUUUCAAAUUAAAAAGCAGCUUGUCCAGGGGCUGGGUUGAAGAUAUUCAAUAAAAACAUGCCGAAUGACCGGAAUUUUAAGUUGUCCGUAAUUUAAAUCAUAACGGUAUAUACACUGCUGCUAUCAAGUAUGACUUCCAUUAAAUUUGUGAAUCCCAAGUUCUACAAAACUGUUGGUGGCUGGUGGAAGCUUUUCUUUGGUCAUCAAGGGAAUAGCCGUGCCGGAUUUCAAAAUUGAGUAGUUUUUUCAUCAUUUUUUUAUGCGAAAAUGGCUGAAAUGCAUGCACAACAUGUGUAUUUAUCAAUUACAAAGCUUUUCCAGUCCAGUUUGAGAAGAAAACAUGGAAAAUUAAAACGUUUUCUGAAGCGGCUCCAAAUUGUUUGGCAAACUGCUUCAGUCAGCCGCCGCCAGAUGCGCUAGUGAAAAUCUAAAUUACACUAGCAAGUUCAGACAAUGUACACCAGCCUUUACAAAAUUUCAAAUUCUUAUCUCAGAGAAAAACGGAAACAAUGUUUGAUUACCUUUCCACCUAGGAAGCUUUGUAGAAAAUAUCGAUUUAAAAUAUGCAAAUCACAAACUAUCGUAUGACAAUUUCACGUUGAUCGAUAGAUUGGUGCCGUGACCAGGAUUGUUGUUAAUUGCGUUCAUGUGUGACAGUGACACGGGUCUUUUGCCGUAGGAUUUUAACAGACAUUAAAAAAAACUAGCCAAUCAGUAUGAAAAGACCGCCCUAUAUCUUAUAUUUAUUUCCAUAAGCCUUCCUUGUUAGGUACAACUUUUAAUAUGGAAAAAUUCAAAAUGCACUAAAAUAUAUUCACAUUCGACAAAGGCAAGCUUUGUCUAGAUGUUUCAACAGAGCUCUCAUGUUUCAAUUUGAUAGGCAUUUUGUAAACACUUCAUCAACAAUUACGCAAAGCUUUCUUUGCUUACCUCUUUAGCUAAAACAAGUAGUAAAGUUGCACAUUAUUUAUCCAUUUUGAAUUCUCAUUAACACAUCAUCGUAACGCAAUGUCUCCACCCAAACGGAAGGAAAUGAUACAUGCAAGAAUCGGCCGAAGAGUUGACGUGUUAAUUGCUACUUAUUUCUUCGUCAACUCGCAAAACGCUUCGUUGAUUGCUAAUUGUUACCUUUGGGCCUUAAAACUGAUGUUACAUUUUCAGAUAUAAAAAGUAGAAACGGCGGUUAGAAGCUUUGCAAUUCGGCAUUUCUGUUCGGUGUGUCGCGGUACUAACAGGAGGAUGAUCAUCGUUGGUGGUGGCGAUCAUCGCGCAACGGCUUAGCCAUGGCCGCAAGCAGAUCGUGCUGGUGGUGGUGGUGGUGGGAUUUUAUACUGGGAUUGGUCGCCUUCUUCUUCAUUCCGUUCCCUUCUGUGGAGUGUGCGAUGACGCGAAAACAACUGAUCAACUCGAUGGACAUGAUGCGUUCGGCGUGCGCUCCCAAGUUCAAAGUAUCCACCGAGAUGCUGGACAACUUGCGGGGUGGCAUAUUCGCCGAGGAUCGCGAACUCAAAUGCUACACGAUGUGCAUUGCGCAGAUGGCGGGAACGAUGAACAAAAAGGGCGAAAUCAACGUGCAGAAAACGCUCGCCCAGAUGGACGCGAUGCUACCGCCGGACAUGCGGGACAAGGCGAAGAAAGCGAUCCACUCCUGCCGCGAUGUGCAGGGUCGGUACAAGGACUCGUGCGACAAAACGUUCUACUCUACCAAAUGUCUUGCCGAGUACGAUCGCGACGUGUUUCUCUUUCCCUGAUGGUGAUGGCGCGUCGAUCGUCGGCAGCAUGCUCGUGAUCGGUCCGGGAUGAAGCGAUCCGGCACCGGGAUUGCAGAGACGUCAGCAGGCAGCAUCAGCAG